CAGUUCCUCAGCGGAUGAUGUGUGCAAGUGACAUUUGCCGUUGCGGUUUGGGACAGUAGGCGAGGCGUCUCUGCAAACAGGUGUGCGGCUGCCCGAAACAGGCACACAAACGACUUUUUCCGCUUGUUUAGCGGAGGUGGACAUCCAGCACCGGUGCCGAAGCUAACGUACUCGUAGCGGGACAGGGAGAGGAGGGGGAGUCUUCUAUCAUUUUCAGUUAGCUUUGUAGUUGCAUUCGUUUUCGAAAAGGGGCACGGCUCACAAAGGGGAAGGAAUGGCAACUAAGAAACCAUGCACGGAUUUAACGAAAAGGAGCCGAAGUCCCGUCGUGCUGGAGGCAGAGAUGUUCAGCGAAUUUCAGGACUGGUGUCUCCGGACUUACGGGGACUCGGGUAAAACAAAGACCGUCACCCGCCGAAAAUACAACAAAAUUAUGCAGACCCUGCUACAAAACGAAGAGUCCGACGGCGUGUAUGUCGACAACAGCCACAUCAAUGCCAAAUUCAAAUUCUGGGUGAAGUCCAAAGGGUUUCAGGUCGGCAGCAACAUCUUGGGCGAGCACAACAAGAAAGAGACAUCGGGGAAGCCCGUCCUGUACGUCCCUGUCAAGACUACGUGUUCAGAUGGUGGGGGAACCCAGGACAGCUCUUUGAAGCGGGUCGCUGUGGUGGAGGAUUUUUUUGAUAUCAUCUAUGCCAUGCACGUGGAGAUGGGGGCAGAUCCUGGUAGAGCGCCCAAACACGCCGGUCAGAAGAAGACUUACAAGGCGAUUGCAGAGACUUAUGCAUUUCUUCCACGUGAGGCAGUGACCCGUUUUCUGAUGAGCUGCGGAGAAUGCCAGAAAAGGAUGCACAUCAACCCCAGCACUGCAGAGUUCAAAGAGAAUGACCGUCCCACCUCUCUGGUGCCUGACCUCAUUGAUUACAACAUGCCUCUUACUGCCACCUAUCUGAAACAGAUGAAACUACAGUGCAUGACCACCAAUGAGCAGGUAGAUGAGAGUUCGGUAAGCAGUGAGGAUUUGGACAUGGCUGAGCCCGCGUGGGUCUCUACUGAGCGCGCUCCAGCUGCAGAGCCUAGCAGCCCAGCCGCCCCAUACACAGAGAGGAUGCCAACACCCCCACAGGCCAACUUUAAAGAAGAGGAAGAUGACUCCUCUUCAGAGAAUGGCAGCACAGCUAACGGUCUCCCUGCUCUGACUCCGCCUGGCAGUGCUGCCAUGGCGACCGGAGGAGUUCCUGCAUCCGAGGGGGCGGUUCCAUACGGGGAGGUGAACGGUAAUGGAGCUGCAGCACCACUGGACUUCAGCAACACUUCAUCGUCCUCUUCCUCACAGGAGGGACAGCAGCCCGUCAAUCUGAGUGACAGACUGUUGCCGGGGGUGACGCUCGGAUCCUUCCCACCUGACCUCACCAGAAAAUUCCCUGUCAAAACUGAGUACGGUAGCAAGUCCCCUCAGUAUAGCUCAGGAAGCUAUGACUCCGUAAAGACAGAACUGAGCAUGUGUGGGGAGGACAUAACCCCUAGUCGCUCUCAGGUCAUAGAUGAUGAUGAUGAUGAUCACGAUGACCAUGACGACAGUGACAAGAUUAAUGAUGCAGAGGGUCUUGACCCUGAAAGGCUCAAAGCUUUUAACAUGUUCGUGCGGUUGUUUGUGGAUGAGAAUUUGGACCGAAUGGUUCCCAUCUCAAAGCAGCCCAAAGAGAAGAUCCAGGCCAUCAUUGAGUCCUGCAGCCGCCAGUUCCCAGAGUUCCAAGAACGUGCACGCAAACGUAUCCGAACCUACCUCAAAUCUUGUCGCCGCAUGAAGAAGGUUGGCUUUGAGACACGGCCCACGCCCCCUCACCUCACCUCCGCCAUGGCUGAGAACAUCCUUGCAGCCGCAUGUGAAAGUGAAACACGUAAUGCAGCUAAGAGGAUGCGCCUUGACAUCUACCAGGCCCAUGAUGAAACCGUUUCAUCAGACAAAUCCAGCUCCAGAGAUCCGGCGGCCCUGGCACACUCAGGCUUCUCACUGGCUGCCUCGGCUUACUCCCAGGACCAACUCUACACCAAUGGUGGACUUAACUACAGUUUCCGUGGAUACGGUACACUUGGCAACAGCCUCCAAAACAACGGUACACAACAAACCAAUGGUCCUACUGAUCUCAGCAUGAAAUCUUUGGCAUCCAACAGCACUUCCUCCUCCAGUUCAAACAGUCAUGGUCAGGGCGGAGGAGGCGGGGGAGCAUCCGCCCAGCUCAGCCCGCCUGAAGUCACGGCUGUUCGGCAACUUAUCGCAGGUUAUCGCGAGUCCGCAGCCUUCCUGCUUCGCUCAGCAGAUGAACUGGAGAACCUCAUACUGCAGCAGAACUGAAAACUGCACACGGUCUGGUGCUGCCUGUCUCUCUCUCAUACACACAUCAAUGCACACACACACAUACUGUAUGUACAUGCAAUGACAAGAAAGAUACAUGUAGCUAUGUGCACUUACACACAUACAGUACAAACACCUAAAACCCAUAUAGGUGGAGUUUUGGGGGGCGUGGCAGACUCAUUUUAUGUUCAUAAUUAUAACAUUUCAGCUAUUGCUAUUGCCAUUUCCCCCCUCAGCCAAAACUCUGCCUAUGCUAAAGCCUCCUCUUUUUUCACUCAUGGCCCAUCAGAGGUUUAUGUUCAAAAUAGUGUCUUUAUCAAAUUACCUUAUCCCUUGAGACCUUUCUGAAGGGCUGAGAUGACUUGUUGAGCAUUGUUUUAUGAUCAGAGAAUGCAACACAAAGCAAGACAUGUCCUGCAGUUAGUGCUUUCAGCAAAAAGCCUGUGGGACAGUCCACCACAGCGAGCCGAAACCUUUCAUCUUCAAGAAACAUUCUCUGUACUACAAACCCGUGAUGUCAUCUCAUGCCUAAAAGUUCUUUGCAACCAAGUUACACCAUAUCAAAUUUAUGAUCUCCUCUAUUUCUUAUUGAACUACAAAAGUUUCUUCGACCAAUGAGCCAAAACUUACACACCUCAGUAAUUUACGUUUUUCUGUUAUUAUAAAGAUAACCAUGCUGCAACUUUGAUCCAUAUUUAGCCAUUUAGAAACAGAACAGAUCCAAGAGAGAGGGUUUUUUUCAAGAUCUCUUCUAUCUGUUCGAUGCUAAUGAGGUUUGGGGAGAAGGUGCAAUGUAGAUGAUAAUCGUUAUAAUGUGUUGCUAUCUGAAAAUGUAUCAUUUUCAAUUAUAAACACAUUAAAUGUUGUUUGUACAUAUAUAAAUAUAUAUUCCUUACCCAUAUAUAAGAAUUUCCAUUCAAGCUUACACAUGCACAUUCUAAAGUCUACUUAAAAAACAAUGAUUGGUUAUUGCUAAAGGUGAUGAAUUCUAUUGGUUGGGAACGGUGCACCGUCAGACAUUAUGCAAAUGAAGCUGUGCUGAGAGGAACGCUUCAAACCCUUUCCUACAAGCUCUAUUGCCUUGGCAACCCUCCAUGCUCAGCACAUCAAUGCACUGUAGGAAAAUGUUUCACAGACAGAAGAACACAUGCGUGACAUCCACCUCCCAAAAUGAAGGACUUGUUGACAUAAAUUUAAAAAAAAAAAAAAAAAAAAUAUGGACCAAGGACUGCAUUUCUCGUGAUGCACUGCAUUGCAAAUACAUUUAGGUUGUGAAUGCUGCUCUUCUUUUCUAACCUCAUGACUGAGACACUUUCAUCUUCACGUGGACCAAUCCAUACAGAGGGACAUCUGCACACAUACUGUACUGUAUACACAUAGUGAGUUUGAGAGGAAGAAACGAAUUAUUGACAGGAAGGAUGAUGUCAUCAUGUCCUUUCUGUCAAGACCGCUAUGUUGAAUUGGCACAUUUUUGGCAGUGAUCGGUGGACUGGGAUAGGAUCACCCACAUAGAGGUGAGCUUGCGAGCUAGCAUUUCGUUCUGCCUGCCAUUUUUCAUGUUCACAAACGCCAUCUUUAAAAAACUGUAUAACAAAAAAGCAAAAGACAAUCCUUAAGAAUUAUGACUUGAUCCUCGUAAAACUGCAUAACGUUGUAUGAGAUCUCACUCCGACUCUCUAGCCUUUAGCAGAGUGACAGGGCCUUCAUGUGUUAACUCUUGUAGCCAUAGCUUGAACCGUGUCCUUUCUCUGCAACAUGUUUAUGCGGAACAGCAUUAUUCUGUUUUGAGCUGUAAAACAUUUCCUUUUUUGGAUGGGCAGUAUAUUUCUGCUGUCUUACCAUUGCAUUUGUUGUUACUGUUUGUAAUUUUUUAUUUGUUUAUUUAAUUUGUGCGACACUGAGGAAGAUCAGUGUUGCGAGUCUCAACAUUCCAAAUGAAAACCGUGCAUCUCAGAUUGGUCUCUGAGCGGCUGAAUUUGACAUCCAAAUGGAGAGAAAAGUAGCUAUAAGUUGCCUCACACAACUUGGUUUUGAUAUGUGGCUAUGAAGCCUGUUAUUACCUCUAACUUGGAUACCUUGAUGAAAAUAUCAAUUGAUAUGUGCAGGAUCAUUAGGAAUUUAUAUUCAGAUGUUAAACUUUAUAAAUUAUUCAGAUUGGUGAAAAACAUGGUAGCACUUUACAAUCCGCAAAGGAAAACGUACACAGAAGGAGUCAAAUGAGACGGAGCCUUAAAACCAUCUCCAUGAUUCUAAAUUAUAAAAUGCAGCUAAUCGUUCUCAAGCCAUAACCUCCUGUCUUCAUUUCUUCUGUGUCGUGAUUAUUUGCUGAAAUGUUCAAGUGGAUAUUUAAUAUUUAAGAAGAAAAUAGUAAACAGAUCUUAUGCUUUUAAGUUAUUUAUCACAUCCCCCUUUCAUGCCACAGAUUUAAAAAAAUGUGAGCUGCUCAGACAUAGUGUCUGAAUACUGACCAUCAAGCAAAAUACUUCAGGGCUUAUUCUAAAGUAAACGUUUUUGCAGGAAAACAAACAGUUUGAAAGUACAAAGAUUGUACUAGGCCCUAAAUCGUUUUUUUCUGCUUUUUUUCUACCUUUUUGUUCUUAAAUGACAUAAGUGUAUUAAGAUAGUUUUUACAUUUCAUUAAAGGGCGUAGACUACUAGAGCUCUGAUAUCUGAGGUUGGUGAACACAACACAUUCAACAGAAAAAGGUAAAACUGAAAACAAAAGAAAUGCUACAACCUUUUAUUUUUCUAUUCGGUGCAGUUAAAAUCUGCAUUCAGAUGUGGUAACAACCAUUGCCUGUGAUAUAUUUUAAUUUUGUGGUGCUUUGUAAUAUUAUUAUGGUAUUUUCUUUGUUUUUACUCCUGUAUUUACUAGAAACUGUAGGCAGAGGCUCAGUUUCUCUUUGUAUACCAGUGUGAAGCUUUGUAUGAUUUCUUUCUCGUUCUUGACUCAGUGGAAGUGUGUGAUGUUUACAUGUACAGAAUUUACGAUUUUCUUUGUUGCUGAAUUUUUUGUUGUUGUUGUUGUUGUUGUUGUUGUUGGUUCUGUUUGUCCUGGUAAAGCCCCGCCUCUUGUCCUGUUUGACGUGAUUUUUACUUAAGCUAGGGUCAGAUCUGAAAGGAGGGAAAAUCUUAACUGAAACCACAGUAAAGGCCUUUGCACACUUUUGUAUUGGAUUGCAGUCACACUCUCACAAAAGACAUGUCAUUGCUUUAAUCAAUGCAAAUGUGUUUUUAUUUGUUUAUCAGGAUAAAAACACUGUCAACCUAUACCAUGAAUGUUUUUCCACAUCCAAGGCAAACCAUCUUCUGUGUAAGGGCCUUUAAAUGUGAUUGCCACUAUUGAUGGUAUGCUGAAGAAGAAAGAGAGAGGAGGGACUUCUCAUCAGCACAAAGUGCACCACUAAUUCUCUUCCCCGCAAAUGUGGGAUUAAAAAGCCCCAUAUAAGAAUUCCCUUUAGUUAUUUAUGCUUUCUCUGCUGUUGUAGAAACAGCGAAAAAUCCUCUUGAUGUGAUGUCAUUUUUCAAUGGGAAUAUAAAGAAGGGGAGAUUCUUAAGCAGAUCCCACCCAACUCAUGUUGACAUGUGCUCUUUGGCCUCAGAGAGUUGGAAAGCCAUUCCUCUUACACCGUUUGUAUGUUUGGGGAACACGCAAACCUCAGGAACCCUUUGGAUCUGCGUUACUUUUUUUAACCAGAUCUGUACGUCUUUGCUGACGAGUCGUCCCUCUCUCCAAUAUCAACCCAGUUAUAUUGGAUUUGCUAUGUAUGUGUUUUGUUUGUUUGUUAAUUUUUUAUAUAUUUAUUGUGAUUUAAAAGUGAAUCUUCUCCAGUAAAUGUGGCUGAAUAUUUGAAAUCUUUAGAAAAGUGUUGAUAAACAUAAAUAUAUAUAUAUAAAUGUGUGUGAAACGACUAAAAUAUGGAGAAUAUUGCAGGUAAAAAUCAUUUUUGUUUGUUUAAUGUACACAAAGAAAAAAGCACAGGUGGGUGAUUUUCCUGCCUUUUACAUAUCACUUUGCAGAGAGACUCGUUCGAAGACAUUUUAAAAUGUUCGGUGUGGUGUCAUCGCUGUGAGACGAGAAAGCACCUGCAACCCGAGUUGGUCUUUCCUCCAGAGCUGUCUGAAUAAAAUCUGUGAACUG